UGUAAAUGUGAAUAUGCAAUGGCUUGGUUGAAACAAAGUAUUGUUAUCCUUUUAAGUUUUAACCAUAACACUGGUAGUUAUAUGUGCCCGAUUUAUUUUGUAAGUUGUUAAGUAGGUGAUUAAAAAUAGAUGUCAAGAACCAAAAUGUAAAUCUAUAAAAUGCUGCCAUUCAUUGUCUAAUUCUAAAUCUUUGGUCUCCUUUUUUUUUUUUUUUUUUUNCCUAUUUCUUGAAGGAGUCCAAGAUAAUAGAAUGGGAAAACGUCAAGACUGGUCCGUGGCCGCUUGUGUUUUCCUACUCUUGUCUCUGGCAUCACAAAUCUAUUGUACGAGCGAAACCCAUUUCUCCCGGUCGAAGCUAGGAGUUGGUUCGUCAGGUGAAGUCCUAUCGCCAAAGGAGAAAGAUCUAAUCAAGAAGCUCCCUGGGCAACCUUCUAACGUUAAUUUCAGACAGUACGGAGGUCAUGUGGCUGUGAACGAAACGGCCGGUCGGUUUUUGUACUAUUAUUUCGUGGAAUCCAUCAAACCUAGUAACUCUACUCCUCUCGUGUUAUGGUUAAACGGAGGACCAGGCUGCUCAUCUCUACAAUCUGUGGCAUUUAAAGGGAUGGGUCCAUUCCGCGUACUAGACGACAGCAAAACGCUACUCCGAAAUCCUUAUUCAUGGAACAACGAGGCAAACAUAUUGUUCUUAGAAUCGCCGGCAGCUGUAGGAUUCUCGUACUCAAAAACUUUAGAUGCAAUUCAAAUUGCCGAACAAGGGGACACGCUAUCAGCAGAAGAUAAUUAUAUGUUCUUGGUGAAUUGGCUUGAAAGGUUUCCGGAAUAUAAACGAAGAGAAAUUUUCAUCACCGGUCAGAGUUACGCGGGCCACCAUGGUCCCCAACUUGCGCAGAUUAUCCUUAGACGUAACAACCAAACCUUCAUCAACUUACGAGGUAUGAUGAUCGGUGCUCCAGCACUCGAUGUAAAAGCCAUAGACGAUUCUAUCGAAGGAUAUCUGAAGAGUCGUGGUGUCUUUGUGGACAACGUUAAACUCUGCAACGAGUGGAAUAUAGAUGCCGAGACAUAUGAUAUGGAAAAGUGCAUGGAUAUGGAUACAAUGCACCAAGCUAAAUUAGAAUAUGUGGACCUGUCCAACAUACACUCUCCGAAGUGCCUAAACUCCACAUCGAGCAUCAAACCCAAGAAAUGUAGGACAAUAAUGGACAUUGAUCCGUGCGUAAAAAACUACAUACAUGCUUAUCUUAACAAGAGAAAGGUUCAAGAAGCGAUACAUGCCAUUGCCAACACCACGAAAUUACCGUACCCGUGGACUGAUUGCAAUGAUGAAAUGAAUACCAACUGGAACGAAACUGAAAAAGAGGCCUCAAUGAUUCCUGUUCUUCACGAGCUGAUAGGUAAGAGUCUCCGAAUGAUGUUUUACAGUGGAGACUUGGACGCGGUGGUGCCUUUUACAGCUACACUGGCCACACUCAAGGAUAUGAAUCUAACGGUUGUAAAUGAUUGGCGUUCGUGGUUCACCGAAGGGCAGGUGGGAGGGUACACAUUAGAUUACAAAGGGAACUUGUCCUAUGCAAUUGUGAGAGGAGCAGGUCAUGGUGUGACUAGGGACCACCCUAUACGUGCACUUACACUCUUUACCAGCUUUAUCCAUAAUACUCCUCUCCCCAAAACACCCUGA